CAUUGUUUAAAAAAAUUUGGUCGUCGGUUCAACGUGUGGAAUUUGCCUUCAUUACGUUACGGCCUUUUCUAAGCUUUUUAACAAGGUAAGAGCAUCAUCUUAGCUACUCUCACAAUAAUCUGAGUUUCUAUUAUUUCUGUUUCAGCCGAAACAGAAUGUUCGCAGAUGUUGACAGAUACAAUAUCAACAGCGACAACCAGGGAACAGGACUUGACGUCAACUGCAUACACGACACCAUCAACCAAUAAGCAAACAACACGUUCUGAAGCAUAUACGACAAGCGUUACUAGUAUUCAAACAACUAUAAUAUCAACAGCGACAACCGGGGGACAGGACAUGACGUCAACUGCAUACACAACAACAUCAACCAAUGAACAAACAACACGUUCUGAGGCAUCUCUGACAGACGUUAGUCAAACAACUACAAUAUCUGCGACAACCGGGGGACAGGACAUGACGUCAACCGCAUACACGACAACGUCAAUUAACGAGCAAACAAUACGUUCUGAAGCAUAUACGACCAGCGCUAUGUGUCCUUGUCAAUGUGAAUACUUUGAUAAGAUAGUGUACUGGGCCCAGGAGAAUAACCAGCUAAAACAGUAUGAAGAACUGACCAAGAAACUGGCUGAAAUCAAAGAUAUCCUGAAAAUGGAAACCAAAAACCUAAGCUCCUUUGUUAAUAAGAAGAUAAGCGCUGCUGAUGAUCGUCCGUCUGCGGUUGCCACCGGGUACUUGGGGGCUGUCAUCAUAAUCAUUGUGCUGACUGGCAUAGUCUUGCUUGAUCUUCCUGUGAUUAUUCAGCAUGCAAGGUUGUUAUUUUGGGACAUCCAAAGACUGUGCGCUAGAGGAUAAUAAUUAAGUUUCUACGUUGAUGAAUGGAGCACUAAAACAACAUAUCAUUUAAAAGUCACAAUUUUUCUAACGAAUAAUAGUUUACAUUGCUUAGCUCUCUACAAGUGCGUUCAAUAACUCAUAGAGGCAAAGGCUAUUGGGUUUUUUCUUAAGGUUAUAUUAUUAUUUACUCAAAAAAUGUUUUGGCUAUAACAAAACUUUUAAAUAUUCUGUAUCGCAUUUUGUGACAAGUUGAAGAGUUAACUCGUAAUAAAAUUACGACGUCAACGUUUAAAGCGGCGCAGCAGUAUCUGAUCAAAUUUUGUAAAGACCUUUGCAAAAUCCUAAUGGGCUUUUCUAGUAAAUAAAAUUAACAAAAUUGAUUCGAAAUGCGUUUGGUGAAUAAGUAGUUUAACAACAUUGAAAAUAUUGAGACGAGUAUGAUGAGAAUAGGUGGAAAAAAGAAAAACCGGGCGACCAAUAUAAAUGGACGUAAAAAUGUUGAACGACACAUUGCGGUAAGACGGACAUUAGACAACAAGUCAUACAGGGCAGUUUUUGAGUCGUAAGAUCGGUAAGACUUAUGAAAUAUUAAAAAGAAAUUCGAAUGUAUGUUGAAUGUGCACUCAUGGUACACAUUCAAAGAAAACAUUUUUCUUCCGUUUCCAACAGAAGACCUUCUUGUUUUUGCUUUUGUUUCUUUUUUCCUACUACUCUUUUUUCUGUCACGUUUUCUCAAAAACGCUUCAGCCAUUCGACGAAACUUUCAUAUCUUACUCUAGACAAAAUAUUUUAUUUAUUAUUUUUCAAUAGUUGAUCGAGACGCUUUUAUGACUGCAGAAUGUUUAAAAAUCGAUCUACGGAAGCCUCUUGUUGCUAUUAUUUUUUUAAAUGAGAUGUUUUUUACUUUGUUUUUUUUUUCUUAUGCAAAACUGUGAUUAAUGUGAUUUGAUAUAAAUUGUAGUAAGGCUAAAGUAAAUAAAACAAAUUACAGAAAAGGAGCAAUAAUUAGCUUAAGUUUCAUAUAGAAUAGUACGACUUAAUAAUUCUUUUAAUUACUUGAUACUCAAAUAACAAGUAUAAUGCUUUUUGCGUAUUUUUGCAAUUUUCCAACUUAAGACAUAUAUAGCUUACAGUAGCACGAUAAACAAGUGCUACAUGUAUAGUGUAUAUCGUUUAACAUUGAAAAUCUCAAGAUUAUUCGUUUGCUACAUGUAGAUCUUAAAUAAAAUUUAUUAGCUGAUAUCACGGUAUACUGUUUUUGAGAAGGUACACUUUUAAUAUGAA